AACAUUUGUCAAUUUAAUGUCACAAGUCACAACAAAUACAUUUUAAAUUGUCAAUACUAAUUAACUACAUUUAUUUUUAGGAAAUCUUUAUGAAUAUCUUAUAAUGUUAUCUCUGUGGAAUUUGUUUGAAGCUACCCUUCUAUGCCUUAAUGCCGUGUGUGUUCUUCAUGAAGAGAGGUUUAUGCAAAAAAUGGGAUGGGGUGCCAACGGUCCCAACCAAGGCUUCGAAGAUCAAUCGUCAAUUAAAUUUCAAAUCUUGAAUUUGGUCAGAUCAAUAAGGACAGUUACCAGAAUUCCGUUGAUAGCGUUUAACAUAGUAACAAUAAUUUUCAAGUUACUAUUAGGAUAAUGGGUCCAGAAUCUUUACAAUAAGCAGUGUUGUGACGGCAUGGUGAAAUAUAAAUGUAUAUUAAAGCAAUUAUAAUUUUUUAAAGUAA